AUGUCUCUAAAAGGAAAGAUACUUUUGAUAUUACUUUGCCUGGCAGUUACUGCCAUCUUCUAUAAGUCCUCCAAUAAGAAAGGUCGAAGGUCCAUGCCAUUUUUCUUCCAUUCGACUAUUACUCAAGACAACGUCUUAUCCCCGGGAAAUGGCAUUUUCUUUAUAGAGACCACAGACCGGAUGGACCCACCCUCCCUAGUGCUCUGUGCGGUUGAGUCGGCAGCCCGUAUUAACCCUGACAGGCCCGUGGCUUUCUUCAUGAAAGGGUUACCUGAUAUAAACUCAGUAGAAGAUCAAAACCGAGCACUGGACAGUUUCCCGACCCUUGCACCCUAUAAUAAUAUCUACCUCUUCCCUCUCCGGAUGGAUAUUUUGCUUAAGGAUACACCCCUUCUGCCUUGGUAUCAACAGGUUAAUCCUGAGAAAGAAGUUCACUGGGCCCACGUCAGCUCAGAUGCCUCCAGGUUGGCUCUGAUGUAUAAAUAUGGCGGCCUUUAUAUGGACACUGAUAUUAUAUCAUUACGGCCUGUUCCAGUAGAAAACUUCCUAGUUGCUGAAAGCAAUCAGCUCUCCAGCAAUGGCGUCUUUGGUUUCAAUUCUCAUAGAGACUUCACUUGGACAUGCAUGGAAGACUUUGUCAAGAAUUAUAAUGGAGCAAUUUGGGGGCAUCAAGGACCAGCCCUCUUCACUAGAGUCCUUAGGCAGUUUUAUUGUGAUAUUCCUCCGUUCAAGGGCGACGAAGAUCUCAAGUGCGGCAACGUCUCAUUUUUAAACCCUCGACGAUUUUAUCCGAUAGAGUGUCGAUUCUGGAUGAGGUUCUUCGAAGUAUGGAAAGCGUUCCCGACUUUCGUGGACUCUUACGCUUUGCAUCUGUUUAAUUACGCUAAUCGUGGCGAGCGUAGGGUCAUGGUUCCAGGAAGCAACACGUUGGUGGAACAUCUUUACGUACAGAACUGUCCUGCUACUUAUGAAGCUGUUUUGGAGAAAAGAAGUACCCACCUUACUAACGUUCCAUAAAUCCAAGCAAAGAAAGUUGGUCGAUGUACUAGCCGGCGGUCUACAUCCAUGCCUCCAAAUCUGUAACCCCAAACCUCUAUAUAAAGUCUUUCUUCACCCCCUUGCGCCAUUACUACCCAUACACAAUGCUGUCAUCAAUACUUGAGCAUAUCAACUAACAGCCAAUUACUUUUAGCAAUUACAGUUCAGCCAACGCAAGGACAUCCAUAGACAGGGCAAACCAAGAUCAAGAAGGGUCUCUACCCAUGUGGGAAGCCAAGGAUGAAGCCCUGUUAGGGUGAUAUUUAGGCUUAAAUACUUAUAUAUGGUGUUGGAUAACCCUGGAAAUAGAGUAGAGCGACUGGUACAGCCAUGUUUUCCCUAUAUCUGUAACCUAGUUUGAAAAAGUGGGGCCUGCUCAAAUAUCGACACAAUGGUCUAAAGAACUUUCAACUUGGGAGGCAAUUUCAUCAGCAUAGAUGUCCCCCGUGACAAUAAUGCUCCUACAUAAUCCCAUUGCCCUUCAUUAAACAACAUCUUUUCCUUGUGUUUAUAAACACUAUAGGGGUAUUUUACUAAGUGCAGCAUAGGGUGGAUCUUGUUCCAUGAAUACAGAACUUCUUGCAUUUGGCUAAGGUAUGUAUGAUGUGGACAAGGUUUCCUAAAUCAGAGUUGGACAUAGGGAAAAAAAAAAACCCAGUUGGCCCCACUGAGCCAGGCCUACUCUCCACCUGGAACUUUGGGCGCUCCACCCCCUAUCAUGUGAAAGAAACACAGACCAAGGGGGGUUGGGGGAGAAGGUAAGCUGGUGGAGAAGUUCGAGACUAGAAGGCUUCUAUGUUAGCGUUUCUGGUGGGCCCCGGGCACCCCAAUCCAACACUGGUAGGGGGGUACGAUACCCUAUACUAAAGGCAACCGUUGCUAUUAUAGAAAGAAACCACUGAAGUGUAAGUGAUGUUAGAAAUAUUUCUUACAGUCGUUUAUAUAUUUAAUAGUUUAUUUGGGCGAGUUUCCUUAUAUACUUGCAUUGUGCAAUUAUCCAUCAAAAAUUGUUGUGUGUAAAAAUAACUAUUCCUUUCUUCAUACCUUAGGACUUUCUCAAAAAUAUACACCCAUGUCUAUUUAAAAAUAAAG